GCCACAGCGUCGGGGGAUGGAGUAAAACAAGGAAAGCAUGGAUCCCACCGAAGAAAAGCCGGGCAAAGCGGUCGACGUUUAUCGCGACACAUGGGUCCGCUUCCUUGGCUAUGCCAAUGAGGUGGGAGAGGCCUUUCGUGCUCUGGUGCCAGUGAGUUUGGUAUGGGGCAGCUAUGCUGUGGCCACUGUGUACGUUACUGCUGAUGCUGUGGACAAAGGGAAGAAGGCAGCGGUGGCCCACGGCGACAACCCGGGGAAGACGACACAGGUAGCGGUAGCAGUUGUGGACACGUUUGUGUGGCAGGCCCUCGCCUCUGUGAUCAUCCCGGGCUUCACCAUUAACCGUGUGUGUGCCGCGUCACUCUACCUGCUGGGCAGAACCACCAAGUGGCCUCUGCCUGUCCGCAAGUGGACCACUACUGCUAUUGGCCUCUCCACCAUCCCCUUCAUCAUUACUCCUAUAGACAGGUCAGUGGAUUUCCUGUUGGACUCGAGCCUUCGGAAAGUCUACAGUGAGGGAGAGAAGCACAAAUAAGGAAGGACCAUGCUGGGCAGACUGUCACCUCCUGGGUAGAGACCAGUCCAGACUACGUAGACCUGUGCUGAUUAUCCACCACUGUGAAUUACUAAAGAAGCGUAAAGAAGGAUUUCAUGGAGUAAGAUUUAGAAAAGUUAGUAAAAGACACAUACUACAAAAUUAUUUUUUUUUUAAACUGUAUGUAAGUAGGUUAAGUUGUUAAAAGUGAAAUCCUGCUUUGUGAAAUAUCCUUAACUUUAACCUCUCAGGGCAAUCUGGAUAGCAACACCAAAUAAUGUUUAAAUGGGAAUAUAACAGUAUGGAAAAUGUAUAGAUAUUCCACUUGACACAGUGAAAUCAUGCUUCGUAAAGUAUUCUUUGACAGGGAUACAGUGUACUGUUACAUUGUUCUGAUCGUGAAUAUAGAGAAAGUCUCCGAGGUUGCCCUCAUGGGCUAGAGUUGCGAGCUGUUUCUCUGGCCUGCAGAGCCUCACCUCAUGUCCAGAUGUCGAGAGAUUGACAACAAAUCAGCCAUAUUCAGUGGUACUGUAAUGACAGACCAAAAAGCCAGUUUUCCACAAUGUCCCUCUUAUUCAUUACUCGUUUCAAGUUUGUCUUAGACUGAUUUUUUGCCUCUGUCUGAAAACAAGUGUCUGAAUUAUUUGGAAUAGAGGUUUUUCCAUUGUUUCAUUAUACUUUAUUGUUGGUCAUGGGAGCCAAGAUUUGCACAGGGAGCAUUUUUUUUACACCAUGGUUACUAUAUGAUUGUAUAUACAGUAUAUAGUAUGGUAUAUGGUUCUAUUAAACUGAGAAUACUUGUUGGAAAAAGAAUGCUGUAACUCGUUGCAGUCUGAAAAUAUUACAAUGACCAUUUUCAAACAUCUAUAACUCAUUUUAAACUUUGUCUUCCCUGCAUCAAGAAUCAAGCUGUUUGACCCAUCUGGCUUCAGAUUAUUGUGAGACAGUAUGGCAUGGAGUAUACAAUGGGCUAAAUUAGAGCUAAAAAAAUAGAUUAACCCAUCAGUUCUCAAAGUGUCAUACUUGUCCAAAUAAUCUUUAAACUGUGGUACAAAUAAAACAGCUUUUCCUCCUUGCUGCAGAAAAAAAGUAAUCUAGUAUAAGUACAUUAAAUUUAGUGUUGCACUUCUCAAAUACUUGUGGAGUUGUAGUAUUGUAGUAUCUAUGCAGGGAAUGGUUUAAGGGAUUCAUUCAGAAAUAUACAGAUACUUUAUGUAUAUUAUUGCCAAGGUUUUCCUUUGAGGAGCCAAGUAAUAUACUGUAUCUAAUGCUGAACUAUGCAAGGGAAAUACGGCAUUAUGUAAAUACAUGAGCUUUGCAAAUUACAGGGGUAAGGUAUCGAAUGUUACAAUAAUGUUAAAAUAUUCUUUAAAAAAAAAAGAAGUGAAAUCUGAAACAAAAGGUAUCUUGGGAUUUGGAUGAGCUGUCACAAUUCUGUGUCACGAUACACCAGUGUACCCUUUUAGCAGUAACUUUUGUUUAAUGUGUCACACCAUAUUCUCUUUGCUAUGAAGGAUGUGGUUCACUUUGUCUGAGAGAGAGAUGCUGAAAGAGAAGAUUGUGAAAACCUGGGGUGCACCAAUUACCAUGUUUUUACAUGCUGCUACUGAGUACUGAUGCAACCUAUUCAAUAUUGUUUAAUAGUCAGAUCAGGUCACAAAGAUUGAAACAUGUGCUCAGGGCCCCAGCGUGUGUAGUACUGGAUAUUUUCAUCCACUUAAGCACAAACUUUACAUUUACUUUAUGUAAGUAUAGGGGUAUAGACCUUUUUCAUGUCAGACAAUUUGAUUUACCAUAGCAGGAAAAGCACAGCUGCACAUACAAUAUUGACCCCUCAAAGGGUAAAUUAUUAAAUACACAUUUGCUUUUUCCACUUUGACAUGUCAGCAUGUCUGCACUGGAAAAAAAAGCAUAUUGGUGCGUACCUAGUGAAAAUCUUCAGCAUAAAUUUAUAAUCAUGUUCAGUUUUAACAUUUCAGAUUUUAAACAUUACUUGACUGUAUUUUUAUCGGCGCAUGCUGCAAAAGGAAAAGGAAUGGUUUAAUGGUUUGAACGUGUUUUUGAUGUUCUCAUAUGUGGCAGUGUGUUCAGAAGUGAGUCACAUUUUCAGCUUUAAGUGGGGGGAGAAAAAAAAAAAAAAAAAAA